AUGUCUUUCUCUCUGCCUAGCUUCGACGCUAAGCACCGUAGACAAAACAAGCCCAAGGCAUUAAAUACCACAAUACCAGAGUUUCGCUGGAAUCAGCUGUCAGAUAAGGAGGUGAUUGGGAGCGGCAGCUUUGGCUCGGUAAUUACAGCGAGAUAUAAUGGCAAAACUAUUGUCGUUAAAAAGCUUCYMGAGCAACAUGAAAGAAAUCUGCUUCUGUUCUAUGAGGAAGCAAAUAUUCUUUAUUCUUUAAAUGAUGUGCGCAUCACAAAACUUCAUGCGGUCUGUCAGUCUCCUCCAGCAAUGAUAUUUGAACUUGUAUAUUUUGAUUUUUCACCCUUCGGACUACAAUCGCGUGUCUUCUCUCUCAAAGAAUUCAUCAUCUUUCUUACCUCUGAAGAUGGUUUCAUGGAGUCCUUCUCGUCUCUAUUUAUGAAGAUCGCUGAUGAUACAGCCAGGGGUCUUAAGUACCUKCAUGACCUCAACAUUGUCCAUCGCGACUUAAAACCGGCCAACAUACUCGUCUCUAAUCAGAUGUAUUGCGACUCAAAGAACGAGGCAGUUAUAAGGGAGGCKUGGAAGAAGGAGCCAAUCAUCUGUAAACUGGUUGAUUUCGGCGAAAGCAGGAGUGAUAUGAAUCAGACUGCCACCGUAUGCUCAACGCAAACUAGUAACAUUGACAGGGGUACACCG